AUAAUUGAUAUAUUAAAGAAAAGAAAAAUCAAAGAAGAAGUUAAAAUGGUCAAAGCUGUUCUUGUUAAGCACCUUGGAGAGCGAAAAAUUGUUAUUGCUAAUAAUAGCAGUAUUAUUGAUUUUUUGAAUAAAAUUUCCAAGAAGUUUGCUAGUACAAGUGGGAACAUUUGUGGAAUCACAUGGAAUGGAUGUAAUGUCGAUGAAGAUACUUUUGUUGCCAUUCUAAAUGAGCAAAAUCUGGAAGUUGAGGCCUUGUCUUUGCCAGUGUCUAAACUUUAUUUAAGCUUUUUGCCAAAGUUUAAAUGAUUUUUCUCCUGUUAAAAACCCUGUAUACACCGACCUUGAAAAUUUUCAUGCUUCUUCACCACAGCAGUGUUUAUCUUUACCCAUGACAAAUCUAGAGAGCACAGCAGAUGUAACUGAACCAGUUUUUAUUCAAGAAGCUUUACCUCAAAAAUGUGCAUUUUCGCAGUCUUCAUUGGCAGGCAUUUCCAGUCAACCAUCCUAUACUGCUCAAGUGGCUUUCACAUCUAAUCCACUAACAAAUGCAAUCCAAAAAGAUCUCAUUUUUAAAAAGUUGCCAAACAAUUAUCGACAACGACAGUAUACCAAGUGUCACAGCUUAAAGGUGAAAAGGCUUCCACAGGUUUCUGUUUCAAAUAACAAUAGGAAACUUAAACCUGUUGUGACUGAAUUGGUAGCUAAUCAAGAGCAGUUAUUAAAAGAUGUUGAAAAUGAAUUAAAAAAAAAAAAGCCGUCUCAGCCAAUCUUGUCCAUUUUAAAUAGACAACUAUUUGAUAAUGAGACAUUUAGCAUGAUACCGAAGAGAAUUAGUUUUGCUCCUACACUAAUGCUGGAGGAAGCAAUUCGUUUUUAUGCCGAUUUCAAGGAUGUUAUAAUCAAGAUUCAAGCAAUGUUAUUUUGGAUUUCUCCAGAGUCUGGUAACCACACUGAAAAUUUGUUAAAGCUCCAACAGAAACUUAUUUCCAAGAAGACAUGUGACAAAUUGUUUAUGAAAGUGGAUUGUGACUCUAUUGGAGAAUACAUAAGAGUGCCAAGUUCGUAUGGUCCCCAAGUGAUUUUUAACCACAAGGAGUAUGGCAUAAGGAGUAGACAUGGUCUCGAGAUGGGCACUCAGCCAUUAGUCAGCACCAGUGAGAUGGUGGUGAUUUUAGUUAUUGUGUAUUAUUUAUUGGACUUAUCAUAUCCAUCUUGUUUUGGGCAGCUGCUUGGUUUUUUUCAAGAGAUAUGUGAAUUUGAACAAUUUAUUUUUAAAUCAAAAAAGUGCACUGCACUGUUGAACUCUUUUCGGAAUGUGUAAAUCUAUGACAUAAUGUAAAGUUUAUUUGAAAUAUAUAU